CGGAAUAAAGUGUUCUUGGCGGCCCACCAGGCUCCGAAUGGGGCCUAGCGGAAAUAGAGCCCUCUGGCCUGUGUAUACUUCAACGUGGACCCUUGAGCUUUGACGUUUCUCUGUCCAAGCCAGUGGAAAAUUGUGACUGUAAACUUCAGGAGAAUUAAAGAGAAGACGUACGUAAGUCAGCCCGAGUCACCAAGAGAAAAGAUGGCCUUCCAAACUAUUUUUCUUUUUUUCCUCCUGUCCAACCCCCAGUUUGACCCUCGAAAAAAAAGGACCAACGAACUCCAGCUUUCCACCUGUUUUCAGGAAGCUAUCCAGGCAGCUGCCUGCCAGAAGGCAGUCCGCUACAGGGACUCGUACAGCGUCUCCAUAAGGUGGGAAGGCGAUCGCCAAGGUGCUGAAGAUGUUGAACAGUUUCAAAGCAUCCUUAGUUUCUUCUACCUGACUGACGCCGACGAGUUGGUCCUCACUGCAAAGAACUUCACGUUUCACCUGGCACUUUCGUCCAGGAGAAGUGUAGUGAAGUCCUCUUAGACGCUAAAAACGUAGCCCGCGAGACCGGUAACCGUACUCGUCGUGAUUCAUUAUACCGGAAAUGGGUUUAUAAUGGGGUUUGGUGAAGGCUGUGCCUGUCACCCGGAGCCUAGAUUCCCAUCUGUGAGACAGUACAAUAGAACAGGAUUCCACCUGGCUGAUCUUGUUCAUCGACAAUGUGCUUCCUUGGGCGGUGCCAACGUGGACGUGCUCUUCAUCUUCGACUGCUGCUCUCGGUUUGCAGAAUCUCGGGCGGCAAGGGUCAGUCCGAAUGUCGUGCAGGUUAUUGCGCGGGAGGCUCCUAACACUGACCCACGAACUAGGUUGUCUUCCUCGCCGCCCAGGGAUAGUAUUACCGCGAAGCUGGUUGCCGAGAUCAAAAGGCGCCUGGAUGGUGGCCAUCGCUACCUCGACUUUGCCGCCCUUGUUGCAACGUUGAGAGGCAAAUACCGGCCUGAUGCCCUGGGAAACACAGAUACCCGCCUCGAAAGGGGCUCCGUCUCGAUCUGCAUGCCGCUUCCAUCAGAAAUAACGACGACCUCCAUUGCUGAUCCACACCCAGCUCCACCUCCUAGUACUCUGCAAGCCGUGUUCAGCGUGCAAGUCUCUGGGCUGACCAAGAGGAAUGCGAAUUGUUUGGUUGAUCGGUCAAACCCCCGCGAGGCUCGACUAAUCCCGAACAGAAUGUUGGUGUAUCUGCGCUUUUAUGAGACGAGCGGGGAGACUCAGUGUCACUGUGUUAGCGACCCUGAAGAGCCGAUCACUGUGGAAAGCCUGUACCCUGUUGGAACAAUGGACAUGUGCUUUGCGUUAUCAUCUUCGUGGUCCGUUUGGUCGAAGGUGGCCGGAAUGAAAGGGUAUCGAUUGAUCGUUGAAAGAAGACGAGGGGUGCCACCUGGGGAGGAGUAA